AUGAAGUGGGCGGACUUUCGGAAGCAGUUUCCCGCAAGCGUAUCUUACAACGAAGUGCCAAUGGAGUACAGAGCCGACGAUUGCAACGAACAACUCGACCUUGCAGCAUGCUGGGCACGAGAAAAGAUGAUUGUUACACACAAGAAAGCUUACGCCGAGCACCAGACUAGCAAUGAUGUAUGUGCGUGCUUCAACCAGGGUAUUCGUGCGUUCAAGGGGCUCGUGAACUAUGCGAGCGCCUACCGCCGGUACAUUCGCGAGGUCAUUGACAACAUGGUCCUAGACAAGGUCAUGUAUGCAGAGCUUCGACCAAUGCUCAUGGACAAGUCAAGACCAACCGACGAAGGUGUGAGCAAGCUCGGACACAACGAGCAGAUGAAGAUCGUCUGUGAAGGAACCGAGAAGAAGAAGCAGCAAUACGGUGACCGAUUCCCAUUCGGGCUUAAAAUUAUCUACUGCACACCUCGAAGCAUUCCACCGGCCAAGAUGAAGUCAGAAUUAGAACACGGCAUCAAGUUGAAACAGGCAUAUCCUGACGUCGUCUGUGGUUUCGAUCUGGUCGGAGCUGAAGACCGCCCAAACCACAUUGGGCACUAUGCUGAUCUCCUGCUUGCAUUCACGAAGACAUGCGAGAGAUUUAAUAUCAGCAUACCGUUCAUGUUGCAUGCCGGUGAGACACUCCUGGAUACGGGCGGGUUCAUGCCACUGGAAUCCGAAGCUCAGGCGGGCUUCCACAACCCGGACAACAGCAACCUCUAUGAUUCAUUGCUCCUCGAUGCCAGGCAUAUCGAUCAUGGCUAUGCCUUACUGGAGCAUCCGCAGCUGGUCAAGAAGUACGUGGAUGCGAAGAUCUGUCUGGAACUCUGCCCUAUCUCGAAUGAACUAUUGGGUGUUUGUGGCAACGCAAGACAGCACAUCUUCCCCGACCCGGCCUUGUACCGAGGACCUGGUUGUGACUAG